AUGCAACCGCAAGGCAAUCCAGCGGGAGCACCGGGGAUCUCCUGGACAGGCAGGGAAAUCGCGGCGCUGAUCUCGAUCUGGGGGGAGAAGAUCCGGCAGGUCUACUGCGGCUCCCGCCGUCCGAAGAUCAUCGUCGACGGCUUCGAAAGGAUCGCGGCGCAGAUGGCCGCCCACGGCCUCAGGCGCUCGGCGCUGGAGUGCCGGACCAAGAUCGGGGCGCUGCGGCGCGCGUACAGGAGGGUGUUUGCAAACAACAGCUAUUACUACAAGCGCCGGAUCACUUGCCCUUUUUACGCCGAGCUCCACCGGGUUCUGCGUGGCGACGGAAUCGAACCGCCCGUGCUCUUUUCAAGGCUCGGGAACCUCGUAAUACAAGAGGCACCCGCCCCCCUGCCCGGAAACACCGGCGAUUUUAGGGGCUCCGGUUCUGCAACCUCAGAGCAAGAGAAUGAACGUGAGGUUGCUGAGCUGUCUCCGGAGCGACGUCUGGCCAACACCAGAAACCGGAAAAGGCAACUUGCGGGGCUAACAGAUGUGACCCAGCAGAUGAUACCCCAGAGUGCCAGCCCCAACAAACAUCAUGAUAUCCUUGAAGGGUACAGACGGUGUCCUGAGGAGGCGAUUGCGAAAGAGACAUCGCAGAGCAGAAGCAUUGCCAGUGAGCCAGUGAAUGCCCUUAAUAACUCAGUGGGAACUUCAUCUGCUGCUGGUCAUGUCAGUGGCACCUGUCUGCCUGCUCCUGUGCCCAAAAAGCGAUCAUGUGUGGGACGCAGAGUGUCUCGGCUAGACCUGUAG